UCCCGUGAAUGAUGCCGGGGGCGUGUCUUCAGGUCCCUCCGCGUGCGGUUACCUGAGAGACGCGCGAGUUUUAGUGCAGCGGCGGAGGCGAGCUCAAGAGGAGAACCUCGAGCUGGUCUACGGCCCGUGCGGCGACAUGGAGGUGGUGGAGGCCGCCGCGCAGCUGCAGACGCUCAAGUUCGGCGGCUCCGGCCAGGGAUCCGCAGCACCGCCGCCACCACCUGAGGACGCCCAGCAGGCGGAGCGGGCCCCGCCGGCAGGGGAGCAGCCGCCGCCAGCCCAGAGCUCCGAUGCUUGCGGCAGCCCACCGCUGCGGAACGAGGCCUGCGUCACCGGCCCGGACGCCGCGGAGCCGCCGCCAGUGCUGCAGGCCUCGGACUCCUCGGACUCGGAUUCCGACAGUGAAACGGAUUCAGAUAGCUCAAGCUCUUCCUCUUCAUCCUCGUCUUCAUCUUCCUCCUGUGUAUCACUUCCUCCUGUGUUGUCAGAUGGAGAUGAGGAUGUCCAAGUUGAAAAAGAAAAUAAGAGUUUUCCUCUUAAAACAAAAGAUGAAUUGCUUCUUAAUGAACUACCUUCUGUUGAAGAACUUACUGUAAUUCUGCCUGAAGACAUUGAACUGAAGCCUCUUGGGAAAGUUUCGAGUAUUAUCGAACAAUUAGUAAUAAUUGAGUCUAUGACUAACAUACCUCCAGUUAAUGAGGAUACUGUCAUUUUCAAAAGUGAUCGGCAAGCAGCAGGGAAGAUAUUUGAGAUAUUUGGACCUGUUGCCCAUCCAUUUUAUGUGUUACGGUUUAAUUCUUCAGAUCACAUUGAAAGUAAAGGUAUUAAAAUAAAGGACACAAUGUAUUUUGCUCCAUCAAUGAAAGACUUCACUCAGUAUAUAUUCACAGAAAAACUCAAACAGGACAGAGGAUCGGAUGCUUCUUGGAAGAAUGAUCAAGAACCACCUCCAGAAGCCUUGGAUUUCAGUGAUGAUGAGAAAGAAAAGGAAGCCAAACAGAGGAAAAAAUCUCAGAUUCAAGGCCGCAAAAAACUCAAAUCUGAAUUGAAUGAGUCAGGUGAAGAUUUUGGUGAAGUGCAUCAGAAUUGGAAUGCUUAUAGUUCUUCAGAACAUUCAAAAGGAUAUCACAACAGGGAAUUCACAAGAGGCUUUCCGAGGGGUAGAUAUUCUCGAGGAAGCCAUGGUAGGCCUCCACCUCAGCAGUACUACAACCCUGAUCAUAUGUCAUCUCAAGAAAGCUCCGGAUUUCCGCCUCAGAGACAAGAUAAUCCUGUCGUGCCCCACUAUACUUUCCCUCCCCCACCCGUGUUUGAUAUGCAUAGCUUUCCACUCCCGCCCCCACCCCCGCCCCCGCCAACUGUGAGCAUGGGGUGGGCAGCACCUAGCAUGGCCUCUCACCCUGUGCUCAACUUACCCUACUCCCUGCCCCCACCACCCCUUCUUCCACCACCUCCCCCUCCCUCUCCCGGGGAAAGUAAUUCUUCUCAUUUUGGACCUUACUAUUAGUUGUAUGCUUGUAUUUCAGAGAAAUAUGGUUAAAAAAAAGAAAAUUAACAUAUAUUAUAGAACUAGAUUUUUUUUAAAAAAAAAUCAUUGUAAAAUACUAAAUGAAAUUACUCAGUUGUAUGUUCAUAUAUAUUUUAAAUAGCUAAGUUAUGAGCUCAUAUAUAUUUGUAGCCUUUGUGAAAUGGUAUUCACAGGGACAGUUCAUCUCAUUCUUAGAAAACUCCAGUUCAGGUACUGUUUAAGUAGAAUGUUGAAUCAUGUCCUCCACUACCCACUGCCAGUAAGCAACAUGCACAGUGGUGGUUAUGAUAUGCUCAACACUGAGAGUUGGUAAAGUAUUUUUCUAAACUUGACACUUUUGGAAUUGAUUUUAAGUAUAAGAAUUUUUUAAACUUGAUUUAAGCAAGUUACGAGUAUGAACUAUUGAGUACACUAUUGGCCAACGCUCUCGCCAGCUGGCUAGUAUUAACUAUGUAUUGAUAGCCUUCUGUUGUUUAUGUAGCUGUCUGUUAUUUAGAAAGCUUUACUGUCCUGCUGCUUACAUUAAGGCAUGUGUUGGUGUAUAUGUGUAUUCCAUGUCUGUCCCCAGGCGCUCCAGUGUCUGACAGGGGUGACGUGUAAUAAAGGCAUAUUGAAUGAC